AUGUCUGCUUACAACAACAACAAUAACAACAGCCAGCAGAACGAUAACGUUUACGUUCCUGCACACGGCAGUGGUAACGGCAACGGUGGUCGCAAUGCUCCUAAACAGAUUCAUGUUGCGCACAGAAGAUCACAGAGUGAACUGACCAAUCUCAUGAUCGAGCAGCUGACUUUACAGAAGCAACUUGAACUCGUUCAGCAGCAACAGCAGCAGUUGCUUGCGCAGCAACCGCAAUUGGCACAGCAAACACAGCAGUACGGCAAUACCGCUGGUCCAGUUCCACCCUUUGUCCCUCCUAACCCUCACUACUCCUCGAACUACGGCAAUUCGCCCAGUUACAAUAAUAAUAAUAAUAACACUCAAAACAGGAGCAGAUCUCACUCAAGAAAUAAUUCCGCUUACUACACUGACUACAAUAACAAUAACAGUAACAAUAGUACUGGUGCAAAUAGUAACACUUUGAAUCCAAAUUCUCACAGGAAGACAGGUUCUCAGUCGAGUAACUACGGUCAUGCAAGAAGGCACUCACUACAGUUGAACGAGGCCAAGAAGGCGGCCGCAGAGGAACAAGCGAAGAGAACAGGUGUAGAGUUCAAUGCAGGUGGGGUCAGCGUCACUGUGGAGGACACCUCUACUCCAGAUUUGGCACCACCAGCAGCACCAUCAGCACAGACUAACGAGCAAUCUAACUUCCAAUUCCCGCCACCAAGUAACCCUACGUACGGGGACCACCGUCGCAGUAACUCAAAUCUGGCACCGUCUACUUUUAGGUUCCCUCCCAGUAAUACAGCCGGUACACCUUCCAAGGACGAUGAUUUUAUCUUAACUUCAUCCACACAUCGCAGAACAAGGACAAGAAACAGCGAGUUCUCCCCAGGUAUCCACUCAAAUUGGAGAACGCAGUCGCAAACACAGCAACAGAUACAGCAAUCCUUCCCCUAUCAACAACAACAGCCCCAACAACAACAACCACAGCAGCAGCAGCAGCAAUCGCCAUUCCGUCAUAAUAAGUCCAACUCUAGAGACUACAACUCAUUCAGUACUCUGGAGCCACCAGCAUUUUUCCAGGGGCACAGACAGCGGAACUCGAACUCGUCGGUACACAGUUUCCAAUCCAACGGUGGUGGGAACUCAAACUCCCAGUCAAACACCCGUAAGUCACUAUUCGCACCCUACUUGCCACAGGCUAAUAUCCCUCAGUUGAUAGAAGAGGGCAGGUUGGUAGCAGGUAUCUUGAGGGUUAACAAGAAGAACAGAUCCGAUGCCUGGGUUUCUACAGACGGGGCCCUAGAUGCUGACAUCUACAUCUGUGGUUCAAAGGAUCGUAACAGGGCCUUGGAGGGUGAUCUUGUUGCGGUGGAACUGUUGGUCGUUGAUGAAGUCUGGGAUUCAAAGAGAGAAAAGGAGGAGAAGAAGAGAAGAAAGGACGCAGCCUCACUACAGCAGGACCUCUCGUCUUUGAGCGUCAACGACGACUAUCAUAACGAUGCAUCUGCCUCAACUGCGACUGGGACCACUACAACCAGCGCCCUCACGCCAACUAGAUCAAUGCACGGCGAUGAUCACGUCAUCUCGACAAACAAUAUGGGGUCCCCAACAAAGGGAGGUGGCCUAAAGAGGAAGGGUUCCUUAAAGCAACGUCCUACACAGAAGAAGAACGAUGACGUGGAAGUCGAGGGCCAAUCGCUACUAUUGGUCGAGGAGGAAGAGAUCAACGACAAAUUCAAACCCCUGUAUGCUGGCCACGUUGUUGCCGUGCUAGACCGUAUCCCGGGGCAACUGUUCAGCGGUACUCUGGGUCUGUUGAGACCAUCUCAGCAGGUCAAUAAGAACAAGAACGAUGACUCUCACGAGUCUUCUAACAGACCACAGCAGGCUCCAAAAAUUGCUUGGUUUAAACCUACAGAUAAGAAGGUCCCCCUGAUCGCUAUACCCACAGAGUUGGCACCAAGGGAUUUUGUGGAGAAUGCCGACAAAUACUCCGACAGGCUAUUCGUAGCAUCGAUUAAGCGUUGGCCGAUCACUUCUUUGCACCCGUUCGGUAUUCUAGUCUCUGAAUUAGGUGAAAUCAAUGACCCAAACACUGAGAUUGAUUCCAUAUUGAGAGAUAACAACUUCUUGUCGAAUGAAUAUUUGGACCCAAGAGACCCGACUCAUGAAAAAGCAACCUACCAGCCUUUCCCAAUUAGUGAGGAGAACUGGGCAAAGAGGCACAGAUUGAUCAACGAAAAUAUCACAGCUGUCAUCCACAACGGCCAGAUAUCAGAAUUUGCUCUCCACAUCACGGAAAAUCCUGAAUCUGGGACUAUUGAGUUAGGUUGUCACGUUGUUGACGUAACUGCUGAAAUUGAGGCCAACUCAUCUCUGGAUAGGAGAGCGAGAAAGAGAUCUACCGCAGUUUUCAUGCCUCAGAAAGUUGUACAUUUGCUACCACACGCUUUGAACGCCGCUUUAACUCUACAACAGGGUAAAGAGUCGCCAACAAUCUCCGUCAUUUACACGCUGGAUAUGAAAACUUUGAAAGUUAAAUCGACCUGGAUAGGAGAGACCAACAUUACCCCCCACCGGGUGGUAACUUUGGAGGAUAUCGAUACAGCUCUAAUUGAUGGAGAACACGGCGAUAAACAAAUUUCGUUGAUGGAGGAGGUCGCUACAGCGUUAUACGCGCAGAGAAUUGGUUUGCCCGGUGCUAAGUUACAGCCUACCAUGUCUCUCUUUGAAAGCUUGGAUGAUGAGAAGGUCAAAGUUGACUUGAAUAUUUUCGACAGGACGCUUGCGUUCACUGUCAUCAACGAGAUACAACGCAAAGUCAACAGUACUGUUGCAGAAAGGAUAUAUUCAAAAUUAGGCGAUAACUCGUUCUUGAGAAGGCAGCCGCAACCAAUCUUGACCAAAUUGACUUCUUUCAAGAAAAAAGUCCAAAAGCUUGGUUUCGAUGUCGACGUCACCACCUCAGAUUCGAUACUGCAUUCUAUUCUACAAAUACCCGACGUUGAUGUGAGGAAAACUGUUGAAAUUUUGUUGUUUAAGACAAUGUUGAGGGCAAAAUAUUUCGUUGCUGGGAAGAUCGAUCCAGAUCAGUAUGGUCACUACGCUUUGAACUUGCCAAUAUACACUCAUUUUACAAACCCAAUGAGAAGGUAUGCAGACCAUGUUGUUCACAGACAGUUGAAGGCUGUUAUUAACGACGUUCCCUACACUGAAGACAUCGACUCCUUAAAGAUUACCACGGAGUACUGUAACUUCAAGAAGGAUUGUGCUUACCAAGCGCAAGAACAGGCGGUUCAUCUGUUGUUGUGUAAGACGAUCAACGAUAUGGGUAAUGCCACUGGACAGUUGGCCACAAUGGCAACUGUGACACAAGUUUACGAAUCCUCUUUUGAUGUAUUUAUCCCUGAAUUUGGGAUUGAAAAGAGGGUCCACGGUGACCAGCUACCACUAAUCAAAGCGGAGUUCGAUGGCGUGAACAAAGUUUUAGAGCUCUACUGGCAACUUGGUGUCGAUAGCGCUACUUUUGUUCCUGCGGAUGAAAGAAAUCCCAAGUCUUACCGAAGCUCUAUCAAGAAUAAAUUCAAAUCUACCACUGCGGAAAUUGUCAACUUUGAAUUUUCCACCGCAGACCAAGGCAAAUCAACCGUCAGCGAUGACUUGGGAGAAGAACUGAGCAGAUUACAUUUGGAAGUACCAACUAUAAGACUGCCCAACCGUGGCUCUCCAUCAGAAGAUCCUCUGGACUCUUUCAUCAGCACUACUGUGACACGAACCGAGAAUGACAAUCACAUACAGCAGAUUUUGGAGUUGCAGCAGGUGCCCGUCCUUCUAAGAGCUGAAAUAGGUAUGGCGCUUCCCUGUCUAUCUGUUCGCGCAUUGAACCCGUACCUGAAGAGGGAGUAA